AAUCCUUACGCAAUCGAAAAGCCGGGUUCGAGUUGCGCCAUUGCAUCCCGACGGUCACUCUCACCUCAUCCUCGCCGGUUACCACAAAUUACCAAAAUGUAUUACAAAUUUAGUGGGUUCACACAAAGACUUACGGGAGCUUUGCCAACCUCCGCCUACAACCCCCAGGGGUUGAGGUCAAAUAUACCUUCUGAAUCCCCUACAAUCAUCUUUGCCACACCAACUAAACUGGCGUCUGAGUCGGGUACUGCAGUGGAGUAUAUGGGCACCAACAAGGUUCAAGACCUCCAGAGGAUAUUUCAGGCCUCAGAUGAGAUUCCUGUCCAUCUAAAGCGAGGUGUUCCAGACAGACUCUUGUACAGGACCACCAUGGCUCUGACAGUCGGGGGAGCUCUCUACUGUCUUAUGGCUCUUUAUAUAGCAGCACAGCCCAAAAAGUGAACUGUACCCAGCUUCUUGUUUUCAUCGACUCACAUCAUCAGUGAUGAAAUAACAUCUGUGAUCUGUAUCUUUGUUCUACUUAUUAAUAUAAGCAAUAUCCCUCCAAGCAUCAAUCACUAUGAACAAACACUCUGUUCUGAGCAAAUCUUCUAUUACACCAUUAAUGCCAUUUGACUUGUGUGUCCUGUAUCAGUUCCUCUUACAAAUGCGAUGCUGUUGGUUCUCAACCUCUGUAAUUCCAAAGCGCCCGAAAAUCAAUAUUUGAUGCCAGCUCUGUGCUAUUAUUUGUACUUUUGCUGAAAUUACCACAAAAACAAACAAGCUUGUACAACAAGCAUUUACACGACAGCGAUGUACUAAAAACAGAAAAGUUUUUCUUUUGCGAUUUUGAAAAUUGUCAGGUACAAACGAAAUCGUCAAAACAAUCCUUUUUCAUAUACGGAUGUGUAAAAUGACAAAAACGCUGUAUUAUGCUGCCAGGCCAGAAGUUGGUGAUGUCACUUUGUAAAGAAACACUACAUGCCUAUAGACUGAACACGUAAUACACAUGCGCAAGACGUCACCUUUUUCACAUGUUUUUUGUAGUUUGCACAGAGGCUAUAACGGUAUUGUUUUCAAAAAUUUGUGCCAAAACAGAGUUAGUCAUGUAAAUGAGCAGUCAAAAAGUUUUCCGUUUUUAGUUGAAAAUGGUGUCGUGUAAAUAGCCCCUCAUCUCCAUUCAUGCCUCAUCAGCACAGGAUGGUUUAUAUCAGAUGUGUGAUGGCUCACAGAUUGUGAUAAUCAUGUUUAGGUAAUGAUUGAAGAGGGUUGUGACUGUUGGGAAAAAGACAAGAAAGAAAAAAUAGGGUGAGACCUCACACUUUUCAGUAGUGUUGAUUAGUUUAAUGUGUUUAUUACACACUCGGGCAUGUUUAGUGUCUCAUGGUGAAGCCCAAUUAAGAAUGAGAAAUCUAUAGGAAGUGUUUUAACAAGAUGUACAGAGUAUUCCUGAAAUGUGGAGCCAGACAAGAAUCGGUCAAGGUGAGUGCAUUUGAUGAAAAGAUAAUUUCUGCCAUUGAAUGCAAAAAUAUAAUACUGAAGGUCAUAUUUAAAGCAUCCAAGGACUUGUCAUUCUGCUGCUUCUAUCAAAUGCACACUUUUUCCAAGCAUAGUGUAAAGAGUUUGUGAAAAAUUAUAGGGUCUUGGCUCUCUGAGACGUGCACGUUUAAUUUAAAAGAGUAUUGAACCAAAUAAAAAAACAAUUACCUUAUGA